AGGCAACAGCCGCAAGACCGUCGUAAUAAGAAAAAAUCAAUCCGUGGGUAGUCUCGGUCAUUCAUUCCAAGAAAAUCAAUCCAUCAGUCGCCUUUCAUCUCUCUCUGCGUAGAAGAAACGCAAAGCAUCUCGGUUUCUCUCGCUCGCAAUGAUACUGCUGCAGUCGCCCUCCAGAUUUCUCCUCCAGAUCUUGCUCAAUCGCCUCCAAAGUCAAGAGAAAGCAGUUGAACUAGAUUGUAAUGCCGUUGAAUUUGGUGAUGUUCGCUACCAUAUACAGUUCUCAACGAAGCAUCCGCUGUCCAUGCUGCUAUCUGUGUCAUUACCUGCACCACCUCCAGAAACUGUUUUCUUUAAUGGGCUUCCUUUUGGUUCCAUAGACGCCAUCAAGGCAGCAUACGGUGUGCUUGUGCAGAUUCUUGAUCCUCCAAAAGAUGGAUAUAACCUUACAAUGAAGCUCAAUUUAGCAAAACUGCCACCAGAUGAAGAUCUACGGCAUGCUCUUUUAGUAAAGAUUGCUUCUGUGCGAGAAGUGGUAUUAGGAGCACCACUACGAGUUAUCUUGAAGCAUCUUGCCAACAGGAAAGUUGCUCCAGAUGUAGAUCGACUAGUUGCUCUUGUCCACCGGCCUAAGGAGUCAUUUUUUCUCGUUCCUCAGGCUGAAAAGGUAACUGUGGUAUUUCCCAUGAGAUUUAAGGACUCCAUUGAUAUUGUUCUGGCGACAUCCUUCUUGCAGGAAUUUGUUGAGGCAAGGCGCACCGCUGGACUUAAUAUGGCCCCUCCAUGUCAGUGGUCUCCAUCUCCUCCUCUGGAGUUAAGAGGAGCCCCUAGUCAAGCAUUAACUGCAAAUGCUGGAUUUGUUACUUUUGUGAUUUUCCCACGCCAUGUUGAAGGCAGAAAACUGGACAGAACUGUUUGGAGUUUAUUGACGUUUCAUGCGUAUGUUAGUUAUCAUGUAAAGUGUUCAGAAGGUUUCAUGCAUACCAGAAUGAGGCGCCGUGUUGAGUCACUUAUUCAGGCUCUUGAUCGUGCGAAGCCAGAAAUGGAGAAAUCAAAGAAAACUACAUCCGGGAGAUCCUUCAAACGGCUGAGCCUCAAGGAUGCACGCAGCAAUUCAAAUUCUUGAAGGUCUGUAGGUUGUGACGAUUAUUAGCAAUGAAAGGACCUGAAAAGUGAAGGAAUGCCUUCGGAAAGGGGCAGGAAGGCAGGAAAGGAUAGCGGUGAUUGGUUUUCCCUUUACCCACAUAAAUUCCCUUAUUCGAUUGUAGAACAGAAUGUUUGUUUCUUAUUAUUUGGCAGCCAGUGCUAUUCUUCAUGCCUCCUAAUUGGUGUAGGCAAUGAUUAAAAUUAGG